AUGGGCAAUAUAUACUUAGCCUCCCCUAACAAAAGUAAAAAUACGAACAUAGAUGAAAGCAGAUCCUUAAUCUAUGCUGCUUCAGAAAUGCAAGGUAAAAAUAAAAUAUAUCAUGAUACAGGUUGGAGAAAUACGAUGGAAGAUGCACAUAUUCAUGUAUGUGAUCUUUAAGCAGAUAUUUCAAUUUUUGGUGUAUUUGAUGGUCAUGGAGGAAAGGAAGUGGCUUUAUUUGUAGAGAAACACUUCCUUGAAGAACUUUAAAAGAAUAAAAAUUUUAAAGAUCAAAAGUUUGAAGAAGCCUUGAAAGAGACUUUUUUAAAGAUGGAUGAACUGUUAAUUACACCAGAAGGUCAAAAAGAAAUCAAUUAAAUCAAAGGUGGAGAUGAUGAUGGUAUUAAUUUAUUAUUAAUAAUUUAAAUAGUUUCUUAUGCAGGAUGUACAGCCAAUGUUGCAUUAUUCCAUAAAAAUACACUAUAUGUUGCUAAUGCUGGAGAUUCCAGAUCUGUUCUAUGUCGAAAUAAUACUAAUCAUGAUAUGAGUGUUGAUCAUAAACCAGACAAUUAUGAAGAAAAAUAAAGAAUUGAAAGAGCUGGAGGAUUUGUAUCUGAUGGAAGAGUCAAUGGUAUUUCUUAUUUUUAUAUUAUUAGGUAAUCUUAAUUUAUCUCGUGCUUUGGGAGAUCUUGAAUAUAAAAGAGAUAAUAAACUAAGAACAAAUGAAUAAUUAAUCAUUGCUGUCCCUGAUAUCAAAAAAGUAGAACUAACACCUAAUGAUAAGUAUUAAAAUAAAUUUAUAUUUAGAUUCCUUUUAAUGGGAUGUGAUGGUGUUUUUGAAACUCUUGAUCAUUCAGAUCUACUCAAGUUUAUCAAUUCAAAACUUGGAAACCAACCAGUUACUCCAUAAUUAUUAGCAAAAGUAGCUGAAGAUUUGUUAGACCAUUUGAUUGCUCCAGAUACCUCCGGUAUUUAUUAAUUAUUUAUAUUAGCUGGAACUGGAUGUGACAAUAUGACAACCUUAAUUAUUUAUCUUAAAGGUAAAUGAACAAUAUGAU